UUGAUCACGUGGAAGAUUUGCACCAAUAGCAGAUAGACUAGCGGAGUCGACAGAACCAAUCAGAGAAGACAGUACAGUACCAGUAGAUGGCAGUAAUGGACCUGCGAGAUGGUUUGUCAAAUCCCAACCAAACCAAAAGAAGAAGAGGAGCAAGACCCGGGAAAUAACAAACAAAAAGCAACAAACAAAGACAAAAAUCUAAGUACCGUUUGUACGGAAUAGCUACGUUUCUGUAUAGGUAUUCGUUGUACGCAAAUAAGCACAUUAAGGAGUUCAGGAAUGAUUUAUGUUAAUGCCCCGAAAAGUUACAAAGACAGCAAAGCCUUCACUGCAAUUCCUGGAGCGGCCUUUGUGUGGAGCCAGACUCCAAAAUGUGCCUGAAGUCCGAGCAGCGCUCAAUGCCAGAGAUUUCUUCACAGAGGGACAAGCACAGAGCAGUUCAGCGCUUAAUUCUUGGGUAAGCCCACAAUUUGACAUUUCAGUUGCAACUGCACCUCCAGUGAGACGAGGGAGGAGAAAGUGCCAGUCUGCCACAAGCAUCCUGGACAGUUGCAGUCAGCUGUCCAGGAAAAAUGGUGGCUGCAAAUUCCCCCAAUUAUCAUUUAAAACAGGGUCAAGAAACCAAAUUCAGCAACCAAAGAGUACAUCCACAAAGAAUGCUACAGGGAGUACUCAUGUGGGAAAGCAACAGCAGCAAACCUGCCGAAGCAAAAGGACAGUUUCAAUUGCACAAUGCUCCGACACACCAAAGCCACAGUUCGCCUCAGUAAGAAAAAAGACUGCGGAAACAUUCUCUGAUGGCACUUCAUCCCACCAAAGAUGUUUGACUGAACAUAACAUGCCAGCUAUCCAAGUGACAGAGAGAUGCAGAAUUCCAGCAGUCUGUGUUUCAACACCUCGCUGUAAGGACACUGAGGUCAGCAGUGUUGGCCCACCACCUGAUGUGGAUACUCCAAAAGCAACGGAGGAAGGGGGCAGUUGUCCCUCUCCCCUCUCUUUGCAUUUGCUUCUGGCUCAGCCGUGUACACCGCCAUGUAAUAGGCCACCUGACAUUUUGGUGGCUGACACGCCAGAGAGGGAUUAUGGGAUCAAGGUGACAUGGAGGAGAAGAAAGAACCAGAUGUUGUUGUUAAAACAGAGAGGCCACCUUUCUGAGGCAGAUGCUCUAAUUCACAGCUGAUGUAGAGAGUGUAAGUUAACAGCUGCAGGAUAAUUUUCUAUAGACUUAGAGACUUACUCUAAGUAAGUCUCUCAUGAACCCCCCACUGAACAUCCUUUUUAUCUGAAUUUAAAAAUGUAAUUUUAUAAAAGCUGUUUAAUGGUUACAAUAUUAAAUCACCAAGACAGACUCCAAAUAGAUCACGUUCAAAAAUUAAGAAACACAAUGUAAGUACUUGACUACUACUAGUGUAAUAUAAAGAAGGGUCUUCUGAAAGAUCACUGAACACUGUUUUUGAUAACUCUGCUGUGCAGUUUAAAACAUCUUGUUUUU